CUGUCUUCUCCUCCAGUUGAGGCUGAGAGAGGGUCGUGAGCGCUGCUGCCGGGAGGAACUCUGGAGAAAAAAAAUGUGUCUGUGCAUCUGGUUUUCCUAGCCCGGUUCAUCGAGGACUCGCUGGCUAGUUUGCUUCCAGCUUUACUCCCUCAUUCUUUUCUUUUUCCCGGCUCCUGUCUUGGUGGAGGCUUCCCGUGCCUCUGGCUGACCGUGGCUCUCCACCUUCUCUGUGGGUGAUUGGAGGCGCGCGCGUUGACACUCAGAGCACCGGCUGCCUGGGGGAUUUCUGACAUGAAUAGCGCCUGCUUUGGCUGGGGGUAAAUGCUGGAUGCUUCCUCUGAGGAUCAGCUGGAGCGAAGCGGAGCCCGGGACAUGAGGAGCACCUCUGGAGCCAGAGCGGAGGAUCGUAGCGGAUGUUCCAGAGGAGACGGAGAGGGGGUGUGAGCGAGAGAGUGGAGAGAGAGAAGUAGCUUCUCCUGUCAAGGAAAAUCCAUAAAUCCAAGGAAUUGGAAAAUCCAUUUGUUUUUUUCUCAUUACGUUCCUAACACUUGCAACACUACAUUUUCCGAGGAGGAGAAUUUGGAUUCCCUUAACUCUGAGAAAGCAGAAUGUGGAGACCUAGCGUGCUCGUUAUACUUCACUCAGUUUAGCUGUUUUGCCUUGCUGUUAAGUGUCAACUGCUCUGAGCCCUUGGUUCCGAUCAGCGGACCAGCUGUGCCCUGCCCCACUUGCACAGUCAGGGGGUGCACUCUACCUUUCACCUCACUCCAUCCUUAGAUGUGCUCGUGCCGUGCUUGAGGAGCGCUAGUUGACGUCUUGGAAAGAUUGGGGGAAGGGUCUGAAGAAGGCUGUGUCGAAGAAGGGGUGUGUUGUAGGAGCUAAACCCUCAUGCUCUUCGGGGCAUAUGGUCAAUCCGCCUGAAGACAGCUGCUGACUAUCUGUCAGCUAAUUACUUCGCACAGGGUGGGGGCAGGGCUCCGUCUCUGCCCAUCACUGUGUUGUCCGGACUAGGUAGCAAGGUUCUGAAGCUACUGUAGUAGUAGUAGUAGUAGUGUUCAGAGUGUGCUUCUGAGUUAACGAGUUUGUGUAUUAGUGUGAAUGCCGAGCAGAAGCUGCAGAUCCAGAUGCUGUGGCUGCUGAAUGUGUAAGGACUUCUUGGGGCAAGAAGGAUCUAUGAAUGUCCAGAUCUAGCAGAAGCAGGGGCCAGUCCUAACACAUGGGAUGCGCAGCUAAGCCUGGCGCCACCACAUCGCCUUCAGCCACAAGCAGGUGGCACAACAUCUGAGGGCACUGACGAGUGAGAGAUAGAGAGAGAGAGAGAGAGAGUGAGGGAGAGAGAAAGUGAGAAAGGGGGGGCAAGACAGAGUCAGAGAUUGAGAACAAGAAGUAAAGGGCAAGGAAAGAGACACAAAGUACCUUCCAAACUUCCUCGGUUUCAGAGGGCGACUGACAAAACCCUGUAAGCUAAAAGCAUUUGAUUACUGAUUCACCACACUCUCUGGAGUUGUGUUUGUGGAUUUAAAGCCCAAAGUGCAGCCUGAGUGUUUGCACUGAUCCGCUCCUUUUGCCCUGCGUGGACCAGGGCCAGGGAGUCCAGCAGUGCCAUUCAUGCAAUCUCACACAGAAACACAUACCAUCCUGUCACAAUCCAUCUACCACUGUGCUUGGAGCGAGAUGGAAGGUUUUGGAAUAGGUAGGGGGCAGUAGGAGCAGGACCGCAAGACACCCGCCUUCUUCCGCUUCUGGAUGCUAUUCAGGACCAAAAAUGUGUUGCCUGGAGACCUCUUUAUGCUUUUCUUUGUGUUUUUCUCGAAGGAACCACUCGCGUGUUUCUCCUGUCAGUGCUGAAAGCCUCGGACCCUGUUUGAGGUUUUGAUUCCUUGCCCUGCUUUUCGUGGAGUUUUCGACCUCGUGGGUGAGGAACCACCGGCCUCGUGGCGUACUUAGGGGGAAGCGCGGACUGGAGUAUGACCAGCUGCCACUACCCCACACCGCCACCGGAGCGGGACCGUAUGUACCAGCACAAGGUCUCGCUGGUGGUACGCUACUUUAUGAUCCCCUGCAACAUCUGCCUCAUACUUCUGGCCACCUCCACGCUGGGCUUUGCAGUGCUACUCUUCCUCAACAACUACAAACCUGGUCACAUCACGCACCAACCUCCUCCUCCUGAUGGCUGUCGAGGGAAGCUGUGUGGAUUCGGGGCUGUGUGCGAGCGAGACCCCGCGGACCCUUCCAAAGGAGACUGCUUGUGUAAGAAGGUGCCGUGUCCGUUGGUGGUGGCACCUGUGUGUGGCUCCGACUCCUCAACCUAUACCAAUGAGUGUGAACUGGAGAAGGCGCAAUGUAGCAUGCAGAGACGCAUCAAGGUGAUGCGCAAGGGACCCUGUGCCCUGAAAGACCCAUGCAACGAUGUGACCUGUAGCUACGGCAGCACCUGCAUCCAAUCAUCCGACGGCCUGUCCGCUAAAUGCAUGUGUCCCCUGAGCUGCGAACGCGUGCCCAAGCAGGUGGUGUGUGGCAGCGACGGCCUGGACUACCCCAGCGAGUGUGAGCUCAACAUGAAGGCCUGCUCCACCCAGAAGAACAUCCGCCUUCAGCACUCUGGAUCAUGUGAUCCGUGCCGUGACAUCCAGAGCGGCCUUAACUUCACGUGUUUGGUGAACGCUCAGACCCGCAAGAUGGAGACUUCUGCCCCACCUGACUCCUGCCCACCAGGAGCCGAGCCACUGUGCGCCAGCGAUGGGAGGAGCUACAGCAGUGAGUGUCAGAUGCAGCGAACUGCCGUGCUGAAGGAGCGACACCUGAAGAAGGUCCACUCAGGUCCCUGCCAGCCACAAGAGGAGUGUAAGGAGGAGUGUAGGUUCAGCGCGGUGUGUUUGUUGGAGAAUGGAAGGGCACGGUGUUCCUGCGAUCCCAUCCACUGCGACGGCACCUACAAGCCCCUGUGCGGCAAGGACGGGCAUACGUACCCCAACGACUGCGAGAGGAGGAACGCCGAGUGCAGAACGCAAACACACAUCCCUGUCAAACAGCAAGGGACAUGCGAUCUGAACGCUCCCAGUCCGUGCCUGAAGAAGAUUUGUGAUUUUGGAGGAACGUGUGUGGUGAAGAAUGGCGAGGCGGUGUGUGAGUGUCCGGACGCGUGCCCCCAGUCCCAGGACCCCGUGUGCGGUAAUGAUGGACACACCUACAGCAGCCAGUGUCACAUGAGAGCUAUGGGCUGUGCCCUACAGAAGCACAUCAGCAUCCAGCACAAAGGACCCUGCGAUAAGGCCUGCACUAACUGCUCGUUCGGCGCUAUCUGCGACGCGCAGACGGGCCGCUGCGUGUGCCCCACUGAGUGCGUGGGUUCGAGACAGCCUGUUUGUGGCAGUGACGGCACCACCUACCCCAACGAGUGCAUGCUCAACGUGAAGGCCUGCACCAAGCAGCUGGAGCUCCGAGUGGUGGCCCAAGGAGAAUGCAAGAACUGUGGAGGCGCAGUGUGUAGCUGGGGUGCCCACUGUGUUCAGAAUAAGUGUGAGUGCCCUCAGUGUGUGGGUGAGCCCGUUAAGCGUGUGUGUGGCUCGGAUGGCAACACCUACAGCAGCCUCUGUGAACUGCGGCAUGCCUCGUGCACGCUGAAGAAGACCAUAACGGUGGCCGAGCCUGACAUGUGUGAUGAAGAGUGUGGUUCUGGAGGCUCGGGUUCUGGGGUUGAGGCGUGUGAACAGGAGCGCUGCAGGAAGUACGGAGGAUCGUGGGAUGAGGACACAGAGGACGACCGCUGUGUGUGUGACUUCACCUGCCAGAACGUGCCUCGCAAUCAGGUGUGCGGCUCAGACGGCCAGACCUACGACAGCGAGUGUGAGCUGAAGAAGACCAGGUGUGAGAAGCAGGUGGAUCUGCUGCUCCAGAGCCAAGGCCCAUGUGAAAGCAAGCCUGUCUCUGGUCUGAUCACUCCCUUGCACUGCAGCGAGACGGUGUACGGAUGCUGUGAGGAUGGCAAAACUGCUGCUCUGGGUGUGGAAUUGGCCGGAUGCCCGAGUAAAUGCCACUGCAACCACUACGGCUCGUACGGAGGCACAUGCGACCCCACCUCUGGCCAGUGCUCCUGUAAGCCCGGAGUCGGUGGGCUGAGGUGUGACCGCUGUGAGCCAGGCUUCUGGAACUUCCGCGGCAUCGUCACAGAGAACACGAGCGGCUGCACACCGUGUAACUGUGAUUCAGUGGGCUCUGUGAGGGAUGACUGUGAGCAGAUGACGGGGCUGUGCUCCUGUAAGACCGGAGUGAAGGGCAUGAAGUGUGACGUCUGUUCUGAUGGCAGCAAGAUGCCCGCCAACGGCUGUCACAAAGGUGCCUCUGCGCCCAAGUCCUGCACUGAGCUGAAGUGUCUGUUUGGAGCCUCUUGCGUGGAGGAGAACGGACAGGCUCACUGUGAGUGCCCAUCACCGGACUGUGACCAGAAGAACAAGACUAAGGUGUGUGGCUCUGAUGGAGUGACCUACGCUGACCAGUGCCAGCUGAGGACUAUUGCCUGUCGACAAGACAAGGAAAUUAUUGUGAAGCACUUAGGCCAGUGCACAGAAUCCAUCUCUGAGCCUGGGGUCAAGCCCACCACCCUCCCGAUCACUGCCCUCCCUCCCACCGCACACGUCAAGGUCACCGCGCCAAGCCAUGACCUCACCACCCCAUUCGACUACGUGGAGGAGUUCGAGGACAACUCCAAUCUGGAAUCUCUGCCUAACCUGAAGAUAUUCCCCACGCCUUCAACCACUGCACACAGCCUCACCACACCCCACCAUCCACCCCGCACCACACCACCUACCUCCAGCCCCGGGUUUGAGGACUCGGGCAGUGGGGAGCCCAGCGGUGAUGAUGACAUGGAAAGUAGUGGAAUGGAGGCGAGCGGAGAAGAGCCAGUCGGUCCUACUGUAGCAGUCACCACUACCCCAACAGGUGAGGUUAGAUCCUCCUGUGACAAUACACCUUUCGGCUGCUGUCCAGACGGCAGGACCACCGCCCAGAGCCUUGAUGGCACCAACUGCCCCUCAACCAUGCGCUUUAACGGCUACCUGCAUCUGGACCAAGUCGAGGGUCAGGAGGUUUUCUACACGCCAGAGAUGGAUGACCCCAAGUCUGAACUGUUCGGGGAGACGGCACGAAGCAUCGAGAGUGCUCUGAAUGAACUCUUCCGGAAGUCUGGCGUGCAGAAGGACUUCCAGAGUGUCCGGGUUAGAAAUCUGGCCCCCAGCAACUCCAUCAUGGCUAUUAUUGAAGCCCACUUUGACCCAGACACCAGGUUUACAGUGGAGGAUAUUGAGGCAUCAUUGCUGAAACAACUCAAGACAUCUAAAGGGACCGGCAUCAUGGUGAAGCAGCCUGAGGAGGAGUACGUCAGCUUUACCAAAUACGGUCUCUCUGUUCCAUCCUUCACCACAACUGCCACCACUGUAGCCAGUGUCACCACCACCACAAUGGCCUCCACCAUGCCACCUACGACCGCUCCCAUCACCACACACCGGCCAGCCACCACCAGACGGCCUUUCACCACCCGCAGGACCACCACAGCCGCUCCGGUGAUCACCACAACUACCCAGCCCCCCACCACCACCACGCACCUCAGAACCAGGCCCGUGCCCCAGCACACCAAGCCAGCAGGUCCAUGUGAUUCUCAGCCCUGCGGCCACGGAGGCACCUGCGAGGAGAUCCGUGACGACUUCUCCUGUACCUGCCCUGCAGGAAGGGGCGGAGCCGUGUGCGAGAAAAUGAUAAACUAUUACAUCCCAUCCUUCGGAGGCAAAUCUUACCUGGCCUUCCCAACUAUGAGAGCUUACCACACUGUACGCAUCGCCAUGGAGUUCAGGGCCUCGGACAUGUCAGGCAUACUCCUCUACAACAGCCAGAACGGCAAGAAGGACUUCCUCUCACUGGCUCUAGUAGGAGGAAAGGUGGAGCUCAAAUUUGACACGGGUUCUGGCAUAUGCUCAGUGGUCAGCAAGGUCCAGAUUAAACCCGGCCAGUGGCAUCACUUGGUGGUGAACCGUAACCGGCGCAAUGCUGCACUGAGCGUGGAUAACGAGCCACCCGUGGAGGGACAGAGUCCUACAGGCACUGACGGACUCAACCUGGAGACGCACCUCUAUAUUGGCGGCGUUCCAGAAGACAUGGUUCAGGAUGUGAAGGAGAGGACCUCAGUCUCCGCUGGUCUGGUCGGCUGCAUCCGCCAACUGGACGUCAACAACAUGGUCUACAACCUGCAGGAGAACGGAGGCAACGUCCUGUUCGGCACAGCCGUCGGCGAGUGCGGCAACAACCCGUGUUCUCCGAACCCCUGCAAGAACGGAGCCUCCUGCCACACGAAGGGAGCCGAGAUGUUCCACUGCAAGUGUGUGAAUGGUUUCUCCGGUCCAACCUGCGCCGACUCCCACAACCCCUGCGAGCCGAACCCGUGCCACCCCUCCUCCCAGUGCGCCAUUCUUCCAGAGGGGGGCUACAAAUGCGAGUGUCCCAUGGGACGCGAGGGCAAGCACUGCAGAAAAGUAUCAGAGAAGAAAGGAGCCUACAUUCCGUACUUUGAUGGAGAGUCUUACCUCGAGCUGAAGGGCCUGCACUUAUAUAACCAUGAUCUGAAGCAAAAGGUCAGCAUGACUGUGGUUCUGUUGGCGAAUGACUCAAACGGCAUGAUCUUCUAUAACGGCCAGAAGACAGAUGGGAAAGGAGAUUUCAUCUCUCUCGCGCUGAUCGGCGGCAUCCUGGAAUUUAGAUAUGAUCUGGGCAAGGGACCAGCUGUCAUUAGGAGCAAAGAGAAGAUCAAGCUGAACGUUUGGAACACGGUGAACCUGGAGAGAGCCCAGCGCAAGGGAGAGAUCAACGUUAAUGGCAAAGACCCAGUCAGAGGAGAGUCUCCGAAAUCGCGCAAGAACCAGCACAAUGAUCUCAAUCUGAAGGAGUCGCUGUACGUGGGCGGAGCUCCAGAUUUCUCAAAGGUGGCCAGGGCGGCGUCUCUUAAAUCAGGCUUUAAGGGGGCCAUCCAGAAGAUCACUGUGAUGGGCACACAAAUCCUCAAGCCUGAAAAUGCGCUUCACUCCAGCGACGUGUCCAUGUACUCCCACCACCCAUGCUCCGGCGACGUGUGUCACAACGGUGGAGAAUGUGUACCAAUGCUUGACAGCUAUGAGUGCGUGUGCCCCUAUGGUUUCACUGGAGCACAAUGCCAGCAUGCCACAUACGAAAAGGCCGCGGGGGAGUCCGAGGCCAUAGCUUUUGACGGGAGAACGUUCAUUGAAUAUCACAACGGAGUCACCAAGAGCCAACUGACCAAUGAGAUCCCUGACCCCAAGUCACUGGAGAAUCCAUCUGACCAGAGCGAGAAGGCCUUGCUGGUGAACAAAUUCGAGCUGAGCAUCAAAACAGAGGCCACUCACGGUCUGAUCCUGUGGAGCGGAAAGGGCGUGGAGCGCUCCGACUACAUCGCUCUGGCCAUUGUGGAUGGCCGCGUUCAAAUGACCUACGACCUGGGCUCCAAGCCCGUGGUCCUGCGCUCAACGGUGCGGGUCAACACCAAUCGCUGGAUUCGCAUUAAAGCCAGCAGAGCCCUGAGAGACGGCUCUCUGCAGGUCGGUAAUGAGGCCGCUGUCACCGGCUCCUCACCUCUGGCUGCCACUCAGCUGGACACAGACGGUGCCCUUUGGCUGGGUGGUCUGGAGGAGCUGUCCGUAGCCCGCCGGCUGCCUAAGGCCUACAGCACGGGCUUCAUGGGCUGUGUGAAAGAUGUGAUAGUGGACGGGGUGGACCUGCAUCUAGUGGAGGACGCCUUAAACAGCCCCAAAAUAUUACACUGUUCAGCCAAAUAGCCUGGCACCACCUCCCUCCCAACGCCAUGUCUACUGCUGUAAUUAUUUUCUAUUUUUGUAUACUUUUCAUCGCUUUUUAUAUUGGAGAAAAAAAAAACAGAAACAUUGUUUUUUUUUUUUUUUUUUUCGUUUUUUUUUUUUUUUUUCGUUUUGUUUUUGUUUUCACUUUAUAUAUAUAUAUAUAUAUUUUUUUUUUUUUGGUUCGUUUUUAUCCGCGCCUCCAUCCAUAGUCUUUCUUCGAAUUGCAGUCCUACACAUGGUUUCGCAAGACAAGAGAAAACACGUAUUAUUUGUUUCGUGGUGUUGUCUUUACCAGCACCAAAAAAUAGAACUCUAUAUAUAUAUAUAUAUAUAUAUAUAGAUAUAAAUAUGAAUAUAUGAAACAUUACCUUGCUCAUUACUUGAAAUGGCGAAUAAGGUUGGUGCUGUUUGUCCUCUCUUGAUUGCCUUCUCUCUGUGCCAUAAUAAUUCCUACCAACGCCACAGUACAUUCCACUGAGCCGCCGCAGAUCUGCUGCAGAUCAUCGCUGCCUGUUUGCUUCUGACUGCAGCGUCCUAACCAACAAAGCGUCUGCGCUUCCUGCGAUUCCAGGAAUUCCCACCAUUCCUAAGAUUCCCUGCUUUAUCUACAAUGGAAUGGACUGUCACUCUUAACUGAGCUAACCAAGCGAAAACAAAUGUGCAAAAUGUCGCUUCACGCUACUAACCGGGCCUCCUGAUGUUAACGUCGCUAUGUAAGCGCCGCUACCGAGCUCCCUGUUAUCACUGAGCUUGUAGUGAACGAACUUUCAGCUUCUAGCUUUUAGCGUUUAGCAUCCCGGAAAGAUUAAGAUCAUUAAAAACCAACAUAUCAUAAACCGCCAAUAUGUCUCUUCUUCUCUUUCUCUUUCUCACGUCAAACUGAACUGAGCGUCUUCAUCAGAUGUUCGUAGAAAACCUAGAUAGUUCCGAAGUCCAGGAGACUGUGAAUAUAUCACGGAGAACUCUCGUCCGUCUCAUGUGUCGUGCACCGUAUCUAAUAGACAGUACAGACUUUACAGAAUUUGACCACUUGACUUGCUGCAUGCAGUCCUGUUGAUUUAUUUUUGUUUGUUGGUUUGUUGGUUUGUACGUUUGUUUUGUUGGGUUGUUUCGUUUGUUGUUGUUUUUUUUUCUUGGUUUCUCUUAGUCUUACUUUUAAUCUACUUCCGUUCAGGGCAACAACAACUAAAACAUGAAAAAGAUCAUUUGAUGAAUAUGAGUUUAAUGGAUUAGUUCAUGUGGGCUGUUCUGAAAAUGUUAAUGAUUCUUAAGAUUCAGAAGAAUUCAUCUGAUCUGGGAUUUGAUUCCUUUAUUUUUUAAGUUGAAAGAAAGGGAUGGAUAUGUUUUUUAUAUAUUUGUCCCUUGUCGGAAUUUCUGUUCGUGUUGGACCUUGGGGGGGAAAAAAAGAACAAACGCUGAGGAGAAACUGAAUGAAAAACAAUGUUGUUGUUACAAUGUUGGCCACAGGGAGGCACUGUAGCACAAGAAUAAAGACAGAUAGAGAAGAGACAGGAGACAGAAGACAACUGAAGACGCCAAACGGAUGCAAGAACACUGAAAAGUGUGGGGUUUUCGCUCACCAGAACACCUUUGGACAGCAUAAAUAAAUUUCUUCACGAGAAUGAGAACGAUGCUUUAAGAACAAACUAAAAAAAAAGACAAACAAACACUGUCAGCACUUGCUUUGAGAUAAAACAAAGGGAUGUGACGUAACGUGUAGACCCUUGCGUUUACUGACUGUGGCUCUUCAGCAGCGGUUAGACUAAGCAAACGUAUCGAUAACAAUAACGACGAUGAAAUAAUCAAAAUAAUAAUAAUGCAUGGGUUUGUUAUAUCGAAAAAAUGAUUCUUUCUUUUUUUUUGUAACAUGUUUGAAGACAAAUGUGAUGCAAUUGUUUGUACUGCUGACCCAGACAUUGUACGAGAAAUACCCUGCUUUCAAUACGUCCUGAGUUCUGAACUGAUUUGCGAUAAUCCGAGACACAAAAAUAUGCCUGUUCAUAGUAUGCUUAUCUCUUCUUUGUGGAAAGAAAUUGAAAUCUUUAUAUUUGCAGUUUUUAAUUUCCUUCUUAUUCUUAUUCUUCUUUUUUUGUUUGUUUCUUUUUUAAAGAAUUGAGACUAUUAUGUACAGCCCUGCAGUUAUCCUCAAUGUAAAUGAGUCAGUCAUGUGCAUCAUCUGUGGACCUUUUGUUUUAGUAUUAUACACUGGAAUCAAGUCAGUUCUUGAACCAAACCAACCAACUUUGUCUGUUCACAUUACGCAUCCUGGUUUAUACUGGUUUAUACUGUAUAUGGACCUGCAUUACGCAGGAUUUCUAGUGUUUCAGGGAAACAGAACCCUCCGUUUUCAUCUGCAUUAGCCGACAAGUAUCCAAACCCUCUCACUAUAUCUAGUGUAGUGUAUAGUAUAGAUCCACACUAGAUUUCACACUUCCUUACCUCUCUCUUCAGCAACACAGGACAGUCUUCAGUUUUCUAUUCUGUUUUUUUUUUGUUUUGUUUGUUUCAUUAUUAUCUUUUACUGUUACCGGUUCUUUCUUUUUCUUUUUUUUUUUUUCUUUUCAUUAACGUCAUCCAGUGGGACCACCUUUUCCCCCCACCCCGCUGCAUGCAUGGAAGGUGCUGAAAGGAUAAAGUGCAGGGCUCAUGAGGAGGACCAGGCAGAUGGAAAAAUAAUAAUAAUAAUAAUAAAAAAAAAGUAAAACAACAUAAAAACUCCUCUGUCUGGACCCAAACUGUCUGAGAAAUGCCUUAAAACCCCAUACCGUUCUGUGCUCUCACUUUAUUACAGCAUUAGCCGUCGCAUUGGCCCCAUCCUCGAUCGAUCAUCACACCCAUCAUGUAAGAUUAAUGACAUCCCUGUUAAUAAUUGUAUUAAUACUGUUGAGAAUAUCCCAGAACGCCUCGAGAAAUAGCAGUUCUGGGCUCUACGAAUAUAAUAUUUACUGUAUAAAAUACUAUUUUCAGUAUCUUAUUUAUGUCUUCGAGUGGAUUCCCAUACUGGCCUUUGUAAACUACUGUUUUUGAUCCAACUAUACCUGAAGGGCAGUGCUCAGAAUGAGAGUGGCAUGACGUUACCAUUACUAACUUUAUUACUUGUGUCUUGUGUUCCUACCACCAUGAAAUAAAGUGUAAAACAACAACUGACGUGGCUACUUCA